GGUGCUGUUGCGGCGAGGUGCUGGUGGAGAGACCGGAGAGGACGCAGGCUGCCGGGGUUACCGAUGCUGCAGGAGAUUUUUUAGCUCUCCAGAAAUACCGAAAGGCGGCUAAGUUUUGUUCAGAAUGCGCCCUUAAUCCACCGACCGUCUCCAAAGAGGUGAAACCAAGCCUUCUGAUACAAGCUUCGCUAUUUUUUAUUAUUCCUGGAGAGCUUAACGCGCCUCGUCUCCAGCAACAACAAAAAAAUGAUCGGGAGAGGACUGUUCGUUUUGACUAUACUGUCCAACUGCGUUCUGUCAUUGCCACUGACUCCAAGUCAGCUGGAGAAUGAGGACGUAAAGGUGAUGAAAUGCAUUGUGGAGGCGUUGGCAGACGUGCUAUCGAGGCCCCACCCCGUGCCUGUCAGUCAGGAGUGUUUGGUCACACUGAGGACAGAUGACAGGCUUGUUUCUAUCCUUCGCCAUCAUAACUUUCUGAAGGAGCUGCAGGAGAUUGCUGUGCAAGGUGGUCAAGAGAGAGCUCAGCUGCAGAGAGAUGCUGGAAUGCCAGACUCGACAACACAAACUCCUCAGACUGCAGGUGAUAUUGCCGAUCGAUCCAUGUUGGAGGCUUUAGGAGGCCCUGGAGAGAGAUCCAUCCUGUCCCAGAAAAGGAGAACAGGAAAUGGAAGCAAAGAGGAAGAAAAGGAUGAGAGCCUGGAACAUGAAGAGUCUCAAGAGGACCCUGACACUGCCGAAGAGAUGCAGGUGAAGAGGGAAAACGACAUCAAGGAAGAAAGUCACGCCUCUGAGACUGUGGAUGAGUCGAUUGAGGGCAGGGCUGAAAAGAGGGAUGAAGAAGGAGGAGAGUAUGAAAAGAAGAAAGCAAAUUCCAAGGAGAAUUCAGAGGAAAACAUGACCAAAGAUAAGAAAGAUGCUGGAUCUGAGGAAAAGAGAGAUGCACCCAGAAACAAAUCAAAAGAGAAGAAGAAGUUUGAUGAAGAAGACGAAGAGGCGACAGACAAGAGAUCUGCACUUUUCUCACAUAGACAAGAGGAGAAACAGGAGGAAGAGGAGGAUGAAGGGGAGACGAGAGAGAACGGGAGUAGGGACAGCCUGAAGCGAUGGACCAAGAGGGGCAAGGCAUUGCCUUUAAAGAGGAAAGCAGUUGAAAAAGAGGCGCAGCAGCUCAAUAACCAGCAGGAAGUGCCACAUCAUUCGAAAGAAGUCUCAGAGGAAGAGGAGGAGGAUAAGAAGAACGGAGACGUCCAGAGGAGUCCCGAGGAGAAGGAGCUGCAGAUGAUCGCUAGAAAGGGACCUGAGGAGAAGCGGGUCUUGGAGGAAGAGGGGAGCGCCAGCCGGAAGUCAGAGGAGCCAGAGAUUGAAAGUCUGGCAGCCAUCGAGUCAGAGCUGGAAAACGUUGCCCAGAAACUCCAUGAGCUGCGGCGAGGCUGAGCGAGCGAGAGAUUGGUUGACACCGUAACCUCCUCUGCCUCCUCGUACUCCUCCGCUUUACCAGCUGCCUGGUUUCCGCAGAUAGUGUGUGUGAAUAUGUGACAAGAUUAUAUCUUUUGCUAUUUUUGGAUGAAUGCCUCCUUGCACCACACUGCUGCAGCCUUCCUUGUGACACUCUGUCCCUCGCACAGAUUAGCAUACAGUAGAUGCACAUUGCAGCUCGACAGCCAUACUAAGAAUAUAAAGAUACCCAUGUUCUGUGCAUUCAAAGACAUGCAUUUAACAGAACACACAGCAAGAUUCCUAAAGGAAAAUUUUUUCUGUCCUUCAUUUUCUCUGACAAUCAUCUCUCUUUUUCUCUCUCUCUCUCUCGCUCUUUCUGCAAAUGUAUCUCGCCUGCUUAUUUUAACACUGAACAUUGAUUUGUGUGAAAGGUUGAGGCUGAACCAGGUGUACACAAACCAACAAGGCGAGGUUGUACAGUAAUGGCAUGUAUACAUGUACAAAGCUCUUUCUGGGAUGCUUAUUUACCUUAGAGGAAGCAGAAGAAAACAUAGUUGCUUACUUAUUAUAGAUACAGUCAAGCCAAGGCAAUAAUUGAAUAUUUUUAGCAGAUUAAUGGCUAGAUUGUAAUCUUAAAGUGUACCAAAUUUGUGUAAGAAAACAAAUAAAUUAAAUUGAGUUUGUCUGGAAGUCUCUGUUUUGGUA